CGACACAGUCAGUCAAUGGACCUACGCUUGACUAAAUAAUCUUUGAGAUCUGUCACACACACGCUAACACGCCAAGCAGUCAGUCAGUCAACAUGGCUGCCCGCGUGAAGACGGCUCUGCGACGCGAAGACACUUAACGCCGCUCUUAACAUGGAUCUCAGUUAAUCACGGACGGGAGUCGGGGUCGUACAUAUCAUGGAGAGACAAGGAAGGAUUUAACGUGGAAUUACGCGUCCUAAAGAGCGAUGAAACCCAGUGGAAUACUCGAGGGAGUUCUAGGUGUCAUAACCCUGUGCUGUUUAGUGGAGUUAACAAAGGGUGAGCACCAUCACCGUUUUAACCUCACAGCACCUGCCGUUUACUAUGUCUUCUCUGGAGAUGUACAGGUUCGUUAUGAAAUGCCACUAGACCUGAAUCUCCCAAGUGGAGUAAUUGAGCUUUACUCUUACUACAAUGCCACCUAUACUUACGUCUAUCGCCAAAGUUUGCCUGGUGACGCCAAAAAGGGAACCAUCAGUUUUAUAUGUGGGAUCAUUGACAGUGCUGGUAAAUAUGUCUUUCGGUUGUACACCCAUCCAAAUGGCGAAUUACUUUCCUCAACCAAAAUCAUGAAUGCACAAUGGCCCAAUUUUGACUUUUUAUUACCACGUGUCCAUACUGCUCUUACAACCAAUAUUGCCAUAUCAUUUCGGUCAAGUGGUGCUGGUUGCAAUUCUCAGCAACCAUUAAGUAAGUUUUGGAUUGAAGUUGUCCACUAUGGCAGGCUGAGCAACAAAACUGUACUGAAGGAGCCUUCAGUAGUGAAGAAGUUUGAGAUCAAGGAAUUAACCAGACUGGUCACAAAUAGUAAAAUAGUGCCAUGCAAGCUCAUUGACUUGGAUGGCGAGUACAGAGCACUGCUGAAAUCCAACCACAAUGGAGAAACUUUGAUUGCUCAGUCCAACAGUAUGAAGGUGGAAUGGAGUGAACGGUACACCCUCCUCAUACCAUAUUCCAGUGUCUUUCCAUAUUGCCGAAACGCCAUGGGGGUUGCAUACUCCCAUCCGCAAUGCAUUGGCGAUAACGAUAAGGUGCGAAUGUUUGCCCAGGAACAGGCUGCCUCUGGCUCUAUUGCUUCUCCGACCAGUUUGACUUAUGUUACCGAGCGGAGGGUGAGAAGAGACAAGGGAUCAGUGACAUUUGAGUGUGAUCUGUUUCAUUUUUCCAUGUUACGCUACUGUUUCAAAUACAUCAGUGUGGCCAACAAUGGUGCGGUAACUGAACAAGUGCUCAAGUGCGUUGCAACAAAAGAUGGUGCAGCACCUGUAGAGGAUGGUAACUGGAGUGAGUGGUCUGAAUGGGGAGAGUGCACAGCCACAUGUGGCAAGGGGAAGCACAGCCGCUACCGUCUUUGUAACAACCCCACCCCAUCCCCAGGGGGCAAAUUCUGCAAAGGAGAGAAUAUCAUCUGGGAAGAUUGCACUGUGGACUGCAGGCGUCUCUCUCGAAGCACAGAACCUCCAACCACCACGGAGCUUCCACCCCCUCCCCCCUGUGCAUGUGGUUGUCACCUGAAGGACCCAAGUGGCAAAAUAGUCGCCAUGUCAGCCUGUAAGGGCGAUAGUCGCUGGGUGAUCGAGACAAAGAAGGGGCAGGGUAUUCGGCUUGAGUUCAAAGAAUUCAACCUGAUGGAUAAUGUACAAUGGCUGAAGGUCCGUGAUGGCAACAAGCAGAUGUCUGAGUUGCUUGUUUAUCAUACAGGCUGCCAAUUGCCUAAGACAAUAGUAUCAUCUGGUAAUAUCCUACUACUGGAGUUUGUGAUCUCACGGAGUGAUGGGAAGCCUGCAGUAGGAUUGAAUGGACAUGGGUUCAUUGCAGAGUACAGCACAGUUGCUGCAGUGAUCCCAGAGAGCUUUGUGUCAGGAUCUCCUAAAGAGGGUGGUACUUGGAAAAGCACCAUAACCAUAGUUGCCAUUACACUGUGCUGUGCUAUAGUUCUAGCAGCUUCCAUAUUUGCCCUCCAUCACUGUGUCUGGAGGCGCCGUAGGAAGAAGUAUGGAUACACACUCACAAGAACUGAGGAAAACGGAUUCAUACCAUCUGCAGCAAAAAGAUCUGCACUAAGGAAUGCAUCAUCUGAAGUGACCUACAAACCAACAGGACGACAGACUCCGAAUGACACGCCGUAUGCUCUGAUGGUAUCACGUUCUGAGACUAAUUGUAAUGAGUACACUAACCUUCAGAAGUCUCCAACCAAGGAAAGCACAGGUGCUAACUGUAGACUGGGAUCCAGAGGUCAGUCGUUACAUUCUUCCCACAAUUCUCUACUUGGGGAAGGAAUUGACAUGGCUGAAGCAGGACCUUCUCAUCAACCCCACCAAGAGUUAAGGUCAAAAAGCCUUCCACACCCUGCGCGUAGCCCAGUGAAAAGCCCCUAUGCUGUUAAUGCAACAGAAAAUGACUUUGUACAUGAUGCAAAGUUCCUGCAUGCGAGUCCAAUGCCUGAGAAUAUGUCUCCAACUCAUAAACACAAAUCUCGCACAAGACGACAUUCAGAUGAUGAUUAUGAAAAUCACAGACAUGAACGUCACAGACACAGGCGCAGACAUGAUGAUGAUUAUGAGGAGAUAGGGCGAGAGCACCGUCAUCAUAGACACAGGCAUAGAGACAGGGGUGAAGGUGAAAGAGAUGGCAUGAUCUCUCCAACCCACCAUCACCAUAAUAAAUCACAACCACAUAACUAUGAAUAUAUCAAAAGAUCUGACAGAAGGGCCAAGAGCCCAGUUAAAAGUCCCACGAAAGAGAUUAUACAAGUUAGGAGAAGUCCAACUAAAGACAUCAACAGAACUUUAGACAGAAGUCCCUCGAAGGAAAUGGCAAGGACAAGGGGACACAGUCCCACAAAAGAAUAUGUCAGGGCUUCACCUAGCAUACAAAAAAUAAAAGAAAGAGACAUGUAUGGGGCUUCCCCUGUGGCACACAGGAGAGACCGUGCUCAAUAUCGUGAAUCUCCUCACUUGCAUCAUAAGCUCAGUCGUGAAAACUAUGGGGGCACACAUGGUAGAAAGAGGGGACAGCCCACCUCACCACCUGAAAAAACUGGGCGGGGCACACCUAAACCUGCAUUACAUUUACUAGACACAGUAGACCCCGAUGGCAAACAUGUUAGCCAAGGUGGAAGUAAAGGAAAGGGACAUGGAAAGAAAUCAAAGAGUCAUAAACAUCACCAGCAGCAAGAUGAUCCAUCUUUAUCUUCACAUUCACAACAACAACCUGUUGCUAUGGAAACAAUAAACGAGAACAUUCCACUUCCUGGGUCUACUUCGGAUCGCUCAGAUCAGCUCAAGAAGACAAAAAAUAGACCAAACACUCCAGCGGCUCAAGCAUUAAAUGCUACUUCCCCUCAUUUUGAGGUAUGGGACAAGCAGAAAACCCCGCCUGGUAUUCCUGAGGGGAGUACAUCCCCUGGGGUUCACCAGGAACCCAAGGUGCUUCAAUCUCACAUUCCAACCCCAUCAUCAGAUGGUGGAGCUAAAGAUACCCCUAAAGACACCAAGCCAGAUGACAAGGGAAAAUCUCUGAAAAGAUAUAGUUCCAGUAGUAAAGACAGCACAAUGGACAGUGAUAAAUCUGGAAAGAAAAAAUCAAAGAGUUCAGACAAAUUGAAAGCGAAAGACAGUAAUGGGAAAAGCAUCACUCCUCACACCACACCUGAAGGCGGGGAGUCAGUGGUGCCACCUAGGGAGGUGUUCCACAUGCAGACAUUUCAGCCACAAUUCCCCAAGCCAUACUCCUCCAUUUUUCAAUCCAGACCCGACACAAAAAAAUUAACAUUGCCAGUGAGGCCACUCACAAAAUCCAAUGUGGGAAACCCUCAUAAUAAUGGUGUCGUACUUGAAGACCAAGUUGCUAUUGAAAAACUCAAAAUGAAAAGCCCUCCCCCUGUUAGACCACGCCAUCUACCCCCAAUACCUGGAACGCCACCAGUUUCAAACAAAUCAAAAACAUCCACUCCAUCAGACGUUUUCUCAGCAGAUGGUUAUGAAUUUGAUGACUAUAUUCCUGUUCUCCCAGGAUCCUUUUUAAAUAUGGAGGAAACAUACAAUAUCUGCUGGCCGCGCUUUGAUGGCAGUGGAGAAUCUCCGUCACCACAAGAGAAUGAUAAAGGGGAGGUCAGUAAAACAGACACGCCUGAUCAGAAUCCUGCCGAUAAAAUAUAAAACUAUGGUUAUUUUUUAUUUCUUUUGUAGGUUUGUCUAGACAAUUUUCAGUUGUUGCUUCAUCUUGACAUCUAUAAGGACAACCAUUUCACUGUACUGUCCACCCCCAAAAGCAAUACCUUAUGACCAUAUACCAAAAAUCCAUCCACAAACAGGAUAAGCAAUGGAAACCAGCUUUUGAUAGAAGUAUAUUUUUGGGAAACUUAUUUCUUAAAUAAUUUUAAAGAUGGUAGUUUUCUAAAUACUGAAUUUAGUUAAUAUGUUUGGUUUGUUUCAUAGUUAAAUCAUGUCAACAUUUUAUAAAUUAUUUUUUAAAAUCAUGAAUAUGUACAGUGAAAAAAAGCAUGCCGCUAACAAAUCAAAGAAUGCUUGUGAAUGUUGAAGUUUUUUUCAUAUAAUGGGACACAAUUUAAAUUAGCUUCAAGAAAAAUGUUUCACAUAAUAUGCCAUCAAUAUCACAAUAUCUGCCUUUAAGUAUUAUUUCUCUAUGCGGUAUGCCAAUCCACUUACUGUUAACACAUUUUGUUAAUUUAAAGAUCCAGACAAUAGAUGUUGAACAAGUAUUUUUUUUUUCUUAUUUAGUAGAAAUUUUGAAUCGGGUAUGAAAUUAAGAACCCUAAAUUUAUGAUGAAGAUUCAAAAAGUCUAAAAUCAUUUGUUUUAAUUAUGUAAAAUUAUGUUACAUUUACACUUUGUAAGAAUAACUCUAGAAUCUCAGAAAGUUUCUGUUAAUUUUAAUUGCUGAUACUAGGUGGUAAUGAAUGCAUAGCAAAUCAAAAAAAUAAAGUUUUGUUUAUUCCUGAAGAAUCCAUGAUAUUUGAUGAGAAUACCUGUUGAAUCACUCUUUUAGUGUUUAAUGCUUUUCUUUGUCCUUAAAGUUAACCUAGCUCUAUGUCCAUAACAUACUUUUACAUAAUCAAGUAUGGUAUUUUAAUGUCUUCGUGAGCAAUGUUUCAUCUGUAUUUCUCAAAUUAAUGUUUAAAAAAUGUAGCAUAUCAUAAGAUUAUUUGUUAAAGAAGUAAAACCCAACAAAAUACUUUAAAGAGGGAUUUGGCAAAGUAAUAUGUGUUGCAUAUCAGUAUUUUUGUUUAAACUAUUAUUACUAAAAGUUAUGUAAUUUAUUAAGGCAGAAUCUGAUUUUUAAAAGUAUGUGUAUUCAUAAAAUUCCAUUUCUCAGAAGGAUAAAUCUGCACAAAUGGUAUUUUUUAUUUGUUUAUUUAAUUAUCAUGAGCUGCACAACUGGCAGCGUAUGGUGAUCAAAAUACGUUUACAGCUUUUCAUUUAUUUACAUCUAAGUAUCAUCUGUCUUGCUACAAUGUAUAAUUGAUUAAUCUGUAAUGCACCUGGUGCUGUAAUGAUAGCUAUGGAUGGGAGGUGGAUUGCUUCAUUCACUUUUCUAAACCCAGUGGGGUUUUCAGUCCCAUCCCUUCCCAAAGGAGGGGGAAAUUAAGACACAGAGUUCCAUAAAAGCAUGCUUUAUGCACUCAGUAUUGCAGCGAGGAGGAGGAGGAGUGGGUUCUGCACCCCUACCCAAUAUUCUGUAUUCCUCAGUGGUUUAUGUUUAGUUAAGAUCCAUGUCAUAGUCUCUGUUUGUAUAAAAAAUAACAUGGAUUUUUCUUUAUGUGAACUGAUGACUCUGUAUUUAUGACUGAUAAUAAUUUGCUUUCUUUGCAUAAUGCAAAUGGUUAUGACAGACUAACCUAAAUGUUCCACUUGCCUUGCAAGUAAAAACUGUGUUGAUUGUUCACAAAUGUUUAUAAUAAA